AGCCCAAAUUAAGAAACGCCCACCAAAUUGCAAGGCUCCAAAUCCAAACCUUUUAAUUUGUCUUCGCAGUCGACAUAUCAAAGCUUUACCUCCAAUUUCUAGGGUUUCAGCGAGAGGAGCGCAGCCGCGGCAGCAAGCUCACAAUGGCGAGGAUAAAGGUUCACGAGUUGAGGAACAAGUCGAAGGCAGAACUGUUAAGCCAAUUGAAGGACUUGAAAGCAGAGCUUGCUCUCCUCCGAGUUGCUAAAGUCACCGGCGGUGCCCCUAACAAGCUUUCCAAGAUAAAAGUUGUGAGGUUAUCAAUCGCGCAGGUUUUGACUGUGAUUUCGCAGAAGCAAAAAUCGGCGCUUAGAGAAGCUUAUAAGAAGAAGAAAUUCCUUCCUUUGGAUCUCCGUCCCAAGAAGACUCGUGCCAUUCGUCGCCGCCUUACUAAACACCAGGCAUCUUUGAAGACCGAGCGAGAAAAGAAGAGGGAGAUGUAUUUCCCAUUAAGGAAAUAUGCCAUCAAAGUGUAACGGAGCUGAGCCUUUUUUUUUUUUGGCUUCUUUCAAAGUCAAAAAAGUUUUGAAUUAUGGCUUAGAUGCUACCAUAUGAGCAUAAUUUUGCCCCUUAAUCAGUGCUAUUGGAACAUCUAUUUGAGCACUUAUAAUUUCUCAUUUCUAAAUGCAUUGAACUUCUUUAUGCAUACUUUAUUUUGAACAGUUC